AUGCAUAGCUUAGAGCAGCUUCUUUCUCCAGUCUCAGAAGCUGAAAUAAUUAGCGGCAACAAGGGCAUUCAAAUCACCCAAAUCUUCGACGACUCUCGAGAGGUCAUUGUUGGCUCUGCGUUUAUCUCCAUCCCACUGGAUGGGGAUAUAUAUGAAGGCUUCAGCGAUGAAAAGGAAACCAGAAUGGUUGCUAUAGCACUAGAUGCUAUAAAAAGGGGUGCAGUGGCUAUCAUCGCCGAAAACAAGGGCGUGCUUUUGAAGAUACCGGAUUCGGUGACCAAGGUAUUCGUACCUGACGCCCGGAGAGCAUCUGGUCUCAUGGCUGCCGAAUUCUAUGAUCAUCCGUCGAGAAAGAUGGUAUUAAUUGGUGCGACCGGUACGAAUGGUAAAACUACCACAGCAAACCUUACGGCCUCAAUACUCCGCCAUGCAGGGUUCAAGUCGGUUGGUGUUAUAGGAACACUAGGAGCAACGACUGAAAACAUGUUGAUUGAUAUUAAGGAAUCUACUACCCCAAGAAGUCUGGUUCUUCAAGGGAUUCUAUCGAGGUUCUUAGAGGCCGGAGUCGAGGCGGUGGUCAUGGAGGUUUCAAGUCAUGGCCUAGCACUUCAACGAGUCGUAGAGUGUGCUUUUGAUGCUGCGAUAUUUACGAAUUUGACCGAAGAUCAUUUGGAUUUUCAUAAAACUAUGGAAGGGUAUUGGGCGGCAAAGAUGCUGCUCUUUUCGGAUAUUGCAAAAUAUUCUAUGCAAUUCAAACGCUUCGCUGCGAUCAUUAAUACGGACGACGAAUACGGCCGCAACUUGAUCAAGGAUGUUGUUGAGGCGUCUUACGAAUAUAUCACUUAUAGUGUAACGGAAAACUCAGAUAUCAAAGCCGAGGAUAUCAAAAUUUCAAACCGUAAGAUAGGAUUUACCAUCAAUAAAUAUUGCGAAGACGACAGUUCAGUACCUUUCACAGCUCCUUUAGUCGGACGCUUCAACGUUUACAACUGUCUCGCCGCAAUCUCUGUUGGCCAGCAUCUUAAAAUCCCUCCCUCAAGCCUCCAAGACGGGUUAAAUUGUGCAAAGGCACCAACAGGACGCAUGGAAUUCAUAGAUGAAGGACAAUCAUUUAACGUCAUCGUUGACUACGCAUACAAUCCCGAUGGCCUCGAAAAAGUACUCACAGCGCUUAAGGAAUUAGUAACAGGCAGGUUGAUUUGCGUCUUCGGAGCUAGUGAUCAUCGAUAUUCGGAUAGGUUGAAACGUUCCAGUAUGGGUUCUGUGGCCGUUGGACUCGCGGAUUUGGUCAUUCUUACAAGUGAUAACCCUGGAUUUGAGGAUCCUCAGGGGAUUGUGGAGGACAUUUUGGUGGGUGUUAGGAAUAUGAGGAAAGAAUCGAUUACAAGAGUUGAAAUCGAUAGGAGGGAAGCGAUUAAACUGGCCUUGGAGAUGGCGGAGGAAGGUGAUACUGUGCUUUUUGCAGGGAAGGCACAGGAGGAGUAUCAAAUUUUGGGGGAAGAGAAAACGGCUUUUGAUGAGAGAGGGAUUGUGAGAGAUACUUUGAGAAGCCUGUUGAAGGUCGAAAGAACAGUUUAA